AUGACCAAGGCUAUACUACACACAAAUUUCAUGUACUCCUACGGCGCCCUAAUCAUCCCUCAUAACAAGGUCGGUGUGUCGGACGCCCAUUUCAUCCAACCGCUCACACCAUUCCAAGCAAACCACUGGAGCCCCGAGGGGGAGAGUUUGCAAGGCGUUCCGCCGGAGAAGAAGGCUCAGUUGAUGGACGCGUGGUCACAAUACCGAGAGCGAGUUCAACUGCCACUCGAGAACGGCGCCAACGGUCGAUACGUGGGCUCAAUAGGCAAGCGUCGCAAAAUCAGCAAGCAUCUUUCCUUUGCCGAUCUGACGCUCCCCUCCGGUCAGGUUUACCAGCUUUGCGCAAAACAUGAGCACGACGCAGAGGCACACAACAAGUUCAAGAAUGUCCUGGCGCAUGCGCCCGUGCUAGUUACAGGCGACCUUGAAACCGCGAGCGAACGGGGCGCGAAACCGACCAUCCACCUGCGAGACAUCCAGACCUUGAACGAUGCGCCAAGCAACCUCGUUGUGACGCCAGAGACAGUUUUCCCGCCAGCAAAGAGGCACUUGCAGAUGAAGUUUCACCCGGAGAUCCAGGCUCGACUACGAUUUAGGUCUUGGCUCAAAGGGGUGUUGAACAAUGAGCUUAUGAACAAGGGAUUCACCGAGGUCGAAACGCCGACGCUGUUCAAAUCAACACCCGAAGGCGCUAGGGAGUUUCUGGUGCCAACGCGGCAAAAAGGCCUGGCAUAUGCGCUCACCCAGAGCCCGCAGCAGUACAAGCAGAUCCUCGUCGCAAGCGGAAUUGGACGAUAUAUGCAAUGGGCGCGUUGCUACCGCGACGAGGACUCGAGAGCCGACCGCCAGCCCGAAUUCUCGCAGCUGGACAUGGAAUGGGCUUUCGCAAAAGCAGAGCACGUGCAGAAGGAUGUUGAGGACAUUGUCCUGAAAUCGAUCAAACUUCUCCAGCCAGACAGAAGCUACCAAACUUUCCGUGAUGGGGCACGGAUACCGGUGUUAUCGAGUUUAGAAAUGCAAGAGAAUGGUGGACCGCCAGCGCACUCCUUUGAGAGGUUAACAUUUGCCGAGGCCAUUAAGAUGUACGGUUCUGACAAGCCAGAUCUACGUAUACCUGGGCGGAUCAACGCGAUCCCCAUCCCUGACUCUGCAAAGCACUUUGUCAGCAUGAUCACCCACCUUGAAGACCCCCUUGUAGAAGCCUUCAGCUUUUCUCUGAGCGAGGACCUCCCGCCAUCUCAGGUUCAACGGCUAAUAGUGGACUUCAUGGACGGGCUUCCGAAAGAGUUCACGAAGAACCCACACGGAAUGCCGCAGAUUUUGAUACAUGAUUCUAGCAAGCCUCUGGGUGGCUUUUCGUCUAUCGGCCACGACUACGAAAGCAUCGUAAGUGCCGCGUCUAGCGGGCAGGAGCUCAAUGACGGCGAUAUUGUCGUUUUCCAGGCCCGACCUGUCCAGAAUGGCCAGUAUACAUCGUCUUCUACCAAGAUCGGUGACCUCAGGCGACUCCUUUGGACAUACCUCGUCGAAAACGAAGCCAUGAGUCGGCCACCCCAGUUGGGCGAACCAGAUUCGCUCAAGUUUGCGUGGAUCACAGAGUUCCCAAUGUUUCAACCCAUCGAGUCCGAUGAGCCCUGGAAGGCCAUCGACGCCCACGCCGGCAUCGCAGCUUGCCAUCACCCCUUCACUGCGCCCCUCGCCAAGGCCGAUCUCGAGUCCCUCUUCACGGACCCGUUGCAGUCCAAGAGCGCUGCCUAUGAUCUCGUUCUCAAUGGAACAGAAGUAGGCGGAGGUAGCGAGCGUAUCCACAUUGCGGCAAUCCAGUCCUUUAUCAUGCGCGACAUUCUCAGAAUGUCGGACGAAAGAGUGGCUGACUUCAAGCAUCUGUUCGACGCCCUGGAGAGUGGCUGCCCGCCGCACGCUGGGUUCGCGUUAGGCUUUGACCGGCUGUGUGCCCUGUUGACAGACACGAGUACGGUCAAAGAUGUGAUUGCCUUUCCCAAGGGUGGAAAGGGUGAAGACCCCUUUGUCAAAGCACCUGGGCAGGUGACCGAACAGCAGCUAAAGGAGUAUGGCCUGAGAUGGCGUGACUAA